AUGCCACCAAAGGGAAAACAAGCUGCAAACGGAAAGACGGACGCCAAUAAACCCGCAAAAUCCACGACUUCUGCCGCUGCGUCUGCUUCUGCUGCUGGCAGUAGCAAACCCGCUGCCACGACCGCCACGACCGUAACGAAACCAGAUACUACCGCAUAUCAUGCAGAACAAGAUGCUCUCAAAAAGGAGAUUGACGAAACACAGGCCAAACUGAACGCUGUCAAGGAAAAGAUUAAUCUCGCAAAAGGUGGAGGUGCUAAUGAACGUCGUGAUGCGCUCCGUGCAGAAUUGGAUGCCAUUCGUGGUCAGCAAGGAUCGAACAAGGCCUCUCGUCAGAAACUCAAGGAGCAGAUUGACACUCUCCAAACGAACGUCCAGAACAAGGUCAAGGCCCUUCAGGCCGCUCGCGGAAAGUCUCCAUACAAAACGAUCGAUGAUGUCAAUGCACAAAUUACUAAGCUCGAUAACCUCGUCAACUCUGGCACCAUGAAGAUUGUCGACGAGCGGAAGACUCUGCAAGAGAUUAGUUCCCUCAAACGCCUCCGCAAGACGAUCGAGAGCUUCCAGAGUGAACAAGACGACAUCGAAAAGGACAGAGCCCAGAUCGAUGCCCUCCGGAAGCAGUACGACGACCCCGAAUCAAAGGCCCUGUCAGAAAAGUAUGACCAAAUCAAAGCCGAGCUCGACGAGAUCAAAAAGGAGUCGGAUACCGCGUACCAAGGACGGACAAAACUCUUUGACGAGCGCACCGAGUUGCAAACCAAACUCGACGAGCUCUGGAAGAAAAAGAAAGAGUCCGCCGCGGCGCACAAAGAGGCUGGAGAUGCGUACUGGAAAAAGGUCAACGAGGAUCGUGCACGACGUGCCGAACGAGCCAUGGCGGAGAAAAAGGCGGCUGAAGAGGCCAAACGGCGCCAGAUUGCAGAGGAGAUGCUCGAGCAAGCCAAGGAGCCCGCGUUUGCUGCCGAUAUUCAAGACUGCCAGACUCUCAUCGACUACUUUUCUCGUCUUGGUGGACUUGGAUCGGCAGGUGCCCAAGAGGAGGCGACGAGCACCAAGGCUACCUCGUCGAGCGCUCCUCAACUCGAGCUGCGCAAGGUCGAGAAUACCAUGGAGGGAUAUACGGCGUUGAAGAAGAAGGGCGAGGAGGAGAAUAAUUACUUUGUCGCGAAGAAGACGAAGAAGGGUCCUGCCCCGAAAGCAUAUGGUAGCGCCGCUCCUGCACCACCACAGCAGACCUCUACCUCCAACCCAGCUGAAGCGCAGCUGAACAUUGGGUUCGGUACGCUCUCGGGUCUUAUGGCGCUCUCUAUCCCGCCGCCGACAAACAUGUCGGAGAUUCCGCGUGUCAUCGACGACUUGAAGACGAAGAAGGCUUGGUACCAGGCGAAUCAAGCCAAGGCUACCAAGGAUAAUAUCGCCAAAGCCGAGGCUCAGAUCGAAAAGCUCAACAAGGCCGCUGCCGCCGCUGCUGCAUCCCAACAGCAAGAAGAAGCUCCUGCGACGGAAGAGGCAUCUGCUCCAGUAGAGGCAACCGCCUAG